AUUGAAAAAUAAUGUUUGUACACAUCUAUAAGUGUUGAAACGCUUUAUUGUAAUUAAAUAAAAUCAAAACAUUUCCCAAAUUCUCAAAAUCACCUAUCUAGACAUCUAAGAAUAAUAGAAAAACUUAAUUUGUUUAUUCUUAUCAGCGUUAAACUAUAUAUGAGUAAAUGUUAUCAAUUUUAACGAUAUAAUAAAUGUAUCGAUAUAUAAAAUGUCACUGAUAAAUUCUUUUUACCGGCACUGAUACAAAGUAAUUAGCAAUGCGAAAUGCACGUGUAGUGAGUGAUAUUUGUUUACAUAUUUUGUAUGUCAUAAUUUUAGCCUAUUUACAAAAUGUUUAAGUUCGUAUUUGAUGUAGAAGUUGAUAGCAACAAUCCAUUUGUUAAUAAAAAUUUAGAAAGCGAAAAGGAAGUAAUAAACACUUCAAGCAAGACUGAUCAAAGAGAAUGGUACAAAGCGGAGAAAGUUAGAAUUGGUGUGGAAACAUUGGAGAAUCUAGAUGUUUAUAAGUUGAAUGCUACCACUUUGAACAUAGCUGAUGUUCCUAUUCAACAUAUCGUCACAGGAUUUCUGAUUGAACAUAUAACAUGUAAUGAUAGUGAUAAUAAGGACAUUGCUGAAGCCGAACAAACGCACUCUGAUCUCAUACCAGGUGUUUAUGAAGGCGGUGCAAAAAUUUGGGAGUGUACCGAGGAUCUGCUUCAAUAUUUAGCCAAAAAUAUCAAACCGCAAUAUUGGGAUGGAAAACGUGUGUUAGAUCUAGGCUGUGGCGCUGGUUUACUUGGUAUUUACGCAUAUAGAUGUGGCGCUGUAGUGCACUUUCAGGAUUAUAAUAAAGAUGUACUAACACAAAUUACAAUACCAAAUGUUAUGUUAAAUGUAGAAACACAGACAAAACCUGUGGAUGAAAAGUCAAGUGCUAUUGAAACCGAAAUGAAAAUAGAAGAAAAUUUUAAUAUUGAAUUACUGGAACAAAAUUUACAUUUUUAUUCCGGCGAUUGGUGGGAAUACGCGGAACUAACCACAAAAAGUGCAGAAGACAAAACAAAUAAGUUUGACUAUAUUUUUACAUCAGAGACUAUAUACAAUCCGCAAAAUCAACAAAAAUUAUUGGACACAUUUUAUGCAAAAUUAAGCACCGACGGUGUUGUGCUAGUUGCAGCAAAAACAUAUUAUUUCGGUGUUGGUGGUGGACUGAGACAAUUCGAGGAACUGAUUACUUCUGAUAAGCGUUUCCAAUGUAAAGUGGUCUGGUCAAGUGUGCAAGGAGUUGGGCGAGAAAUAUUAGAAUUAAGAUUCAAAUAAUUAUUGUUGUAUAUUGAAAUAUAAGAAAUUAUAGAAAAUCGAUUGGAAUUUUCUAGAAUUAUAAGCGUGUUACUGCCUUGUAAAUGUGUAUGUGUAUUAAAAAAAUAAUAUCUAUUUGACAAUAAGAGAUUUUA